AUGGCAAAUCAAACAAGACCGUUUCCGAGGGACGGACGAUUGAUCUCUCUGAUCUUGGCUUCAAAAGGUAUAGAAGAUACGGAUGAGAGGGUGAUACAUCAAUUGUUGGAUUUCGCUCAUCGCUAUACAGCAGACGUACUUCAAUCCGCCCAAUCUUUAUCUGAUCACGCUUCGCGCAGUGGACCAAGCUCCAAUAAAAUCCAAAAGGAAGAUGUAGAAUUGGCGAUUCAAUUGAGGAAACGGUACGAGUUCUUCGAAGCUCCUCCUAGAGAUUACCUAGCGACUCUAGCGCACGAACUAAACUCUCAGCCGCUUCCUAUCUUACCCGAAUCAUUCGAUCUAAUCAAACUUCCCCCUGCUCAUCAAAGAUUGGGUGAAGUCAAUUUCGAUAUCGUCCCUGAACCAGACUUGAACCUCACGGAGAACGAGGAAGAGGAGGAAGACGAAGAUGCAAGUGGAUCAGAAGAAGAAGAUCAGGACCAAGAUCAAGACCAAGAUCAACGAAGCGAUGGUGGGGAUAAACCUAAUGGUGUUGCGGAGGAAGAUGGAGAUGAGGAUGAGGAUAUGGAAGAAGUUGGAUUGACGGAUCAGACGCAGCAGCAGCAACAGCAGCAGAGGGAAGUUGACGAAGAUUAUGAUAUAUAG